AUGGGCGGUAAUAAUGAAACCCCAGGACAGACUUCAUACCAUUCCGUCACAACUGUCGCGGAAGCACUCGAAAUUGCCAGAGACAGUGAAGACGGCAUUGAGGAUCCAAUUGUCAGAAACCUUCUCGAGACUGCCAUAGCAGACAUCUGGGCCAGGAUUGUAUCUCAACCAACAACUUAUGUUAUGAGUCGGGAGGAAUUCGCUGUCUUCAAUUACUUCCAACAUCCCUCGAUUACGCCAGGCCAAACCGAUCAAUUACGAACGCAGAGAAGAUUCGAAAUGGAGAUUAGCGAGGAUUAUAAACCGUUGGAUUCGGUCGAAGGUGGCCAUAUGAAUGAGAAGUCGUUUCUUGACAGAUCCGACAGGGUAUUUUUUAAGCCCCGAAGGACGUACCAAUUGAUUUGGCACCGGCCAUUACUCCUUAGUCUCGCCGCAUGCUGUAUUGGUUUGCUCUGGAUAUUCAGCGACUGCCUCAUAGCUAGCCAAGGGGGUCAGCAUGGAAGCACUUCGGCGUCUUUCGAUCUAGCGAGGCACGCAGCCCGAACGCCUGCUGCUACGCCUUCCUCGGCAGUCUUGGAGUGCUUUCAGGUCUAUCAGCCAGUUCUCUUCCCUUCCGGGGCAGUUGACGAAACAGUCAUAAGUGAUGGGUCGGAGAAUACCACUACUAUUGCUCCAACUACACCAGCCAGCAGUUGUGAGGUACUUUUGAUGGAGCAUUCUUUCGGUUUCAGCUAUGGAAUCCCUUUUGUCGGAAACUACACACCUCCAAAUUGCAAGUUCAAUCGUGUGGUGAUGAAUUUCACUGUCACGUCGCAAGGUCGGCAAUUUGAUAGACUGGCGCUCAUGUACUUUGGUGAUACUGAAGUUUGGCGAACCUCUACCGCAGAACCUACCGCCAAUGGCAUUCGAUGGGAGUAUAUAAAGGACAUGACCGAAUACAUGUACUUCUGGAACUCGACCCAAAAACUGAUUUUUGAUCUUGGAAACUUGAUUGAUUCUACGUACACUGGUCCUUUCAACACAACCCUUACGGCAACAUUCUUCACGGCCCAAGACACUGUAGAACCUGCAUCUCUGAUCAUCCCAAUCUCUGCGCGGAAAGGAGAUGCCAGUGCUGCAAGUGUCUUUACACUUCCCUCUGACAAUGCGACCAAUACGGUUAGCUUUCCUAGGAAUGCAAAUCGGGCUGUCUUCUCUGUCUCUGCUUGUGGACAGGCAGCCGAGGAAUUCUGGUGGAGCAAUGUGUUGCAGUCUAACAUCGAUACAUUUGUGCCUGUCGAUGGAACCCUCUAUGGGUACUCGCCAUUCCGAGAGGUUCAAGUUCUGAUUGACGGUCAACUAGCAGGGGUACAAUGGCCUUUCCCUGUAAUCUUCACAGGUGGGGUUGUGCCUGGGCUCUGGCGACCAAUUGUGGGCAUCGAUGCCUUUGAUCUCCGCGAACACGAAAUAGACAUUACGCCCUGGCUCCCAGUCCUAUGCGAUGGUAACUCCCACACGUUCGAGAUCAGAGUAGCCGGAAUCCUAGACGACGGCGAGAACAGCGGGACGCUCACCGAAUCAGUUGGCAGCUCAUGGUAUGUCACGGGCAAGGUCUUCCUCUGGCAAGACGACGACGAAAACGCCAUCACAACCGGCCCGAACCCCACGCUCCUCCUCCCAGCACCAAGCAUCGCCGUCUCCCAAUCACUGACCCAAAACUCCACCGGCGCCAACGAAACCCUCACCUACACCACGAACGUCUCGCGCUCCCUCACCAUCUCCACGAUCCUCACCACUCAAAACGGCACCAGCCUCGUAACAUGGACGCAAUCCCUCGCCGUCACAAACUACGGCCUCUUUACCGCCUUCGGCGCCAUCCAAGAAAACAACCAGACAACAACCGGCACGGACCUAUCGACAGGCGGCACAUUUUACAAAGCUGCGUAUUCCUACCCCUUGUACGCGAACUCGGCGUAUAUCGUGCAGCCGGAUGGGAGCGGGAAUUUCACUCUCGACGCUAGUGUCGUCCGCGGCAUGCAUCUCUCUAUCCAAGGCGAGCCCGUCUUCCCCACCGGUCUCCAGCCCUUUUCUUCCAUCUCCCGAUCCGCGCCCCUGGUCUCAGGGCUCUCGGGGUCAUCGCUCUCAACGGCGCAGAACGGCACGGCGCAUUAUUUUGGGUCGCCGGGUACGGGUACGAGUAGUGGGUUUGGGAGCACGGGGCAGGAGUUUGGGUUUUGGGGUGUCGAUGUUGGUGCGGUGGAUGAUACGGAGUUGUAUUACAGGAGUGUGCAGGCUGUUAAUGCGACGAUUGUGAGGGAUUACGAGAGGCUUGUUGGGGUGGAGCUGGAGGGAGGAGAGUACAUAUCUGCGGGUCCCGUUGAGGGGGCGUCGGAGAUUCAGGUUGUGAUGGGGGGUAGUCAGUCCGAAGGAGGUUAUUGGGAGGGGGCCUGGGAUUCCGAGGGCGUUGCUGGUUCAGACUAG